GUCAGAUGCUAUCUUCUAAAUGUUCACAGAAAAGGGUUUUAUUUUUCAAGAAUUUGUAAGAAAAAUUGUUGAUGGAAUUAUGAGUCGACCCUCUCUACGAAGAAGCACCCGGACUCAAUCGAAAGCUAAAGAGCCAAAAGAUAAUGAUAUCAAGAUUAUAGACCCAACUCCCUGCAGAGUAAAUAAUACACGUCAAGUACCUGAGGGCAGAACACAGGCGAUAAGUGUUGCAAAACAGAGAAGAACCGUUACUGACAAAGAAGACAUUACAAAUGAUGUGGUAUGUGUUCAUGAUGAACCAGAGCAGAGUGAUGACAGUUUCCAGAGUACUCUGGCCUCCGACAGAGACAUUUAUUUGUGUUCACAGGAGACUUCUGCAGAAGUAUUGUGGGACUGUUCGUCUCCUGACAUGCGAAAAUAUCAUCGAUCUAAAAAGAAAAGGGGUCAGAAGAGUAAUGUUGGGGACAUUGUUCAGACACUUUCUACAUCAAAAUGUGACAAUGAUUUAGAAGAUGACACCAAGCCUGGGCUUCUGGGAUUGUGGAUGGAUUCAGAUAUGCCUGAUAACUCAAAGCCAGUGAUAAAUCUUUCUACAUUCUCUCCUACAAGUAGUUUUCCACCUCCUCGUACCCACAAAGAGAAACGAAAGCCAACUGUCUCUUUGUCAUCAGUAUUAAAAGAGAAACUUUCUAUGAGAAUGAAAGAGGAGAAAUCUCCUGUACUAUCAGCAAAGUAUACAAGGUCUUCUGAGAAGAGGAAGAGAGAUUCUGAGUCAAUGGACAUAAGUGAUGCAGGGGAAAGUCCAUCUAAAGUUAGCAGGACUGCAUCAUCAGGUCCAUCUAAUAACGAUUGUGAUCAGACUGAUGUAUGGGAAAAUUCAAGUGAAACUUCCUGGAGUGAAGAUGACUUUUAUGGUGAUGAAUCCUUCAUUAUAAAAGCAACACAAGUUCCAAAUGAACUGAGUAAAGAAACAAAAGUAACAAAAAAUACUGAUUUAAAUACUAAGUUGCAUACUAAAACACCAGCAAAAUAUUUAAAUCAGAAAUGUGCAUCAAGUCAUUCCACAGAAAGUGUUUUCAUCACAAAGACUGACAAACAAAAUAUAAAACAUUGUCAGAGACAGCAGUCUGCAAAAAAAGAGACAAAAACUUCAAUCCGUGAACUGAAAAGAGAUAAAUUUCCUGAUUCAGAAAGAAAGAAAUCAAGUAGAAGAAACAGUCUAGGAUUUAAUUCAAGUUUAUCUGAUGACAUCCUUUGUCAGGUAGCAGAGGUUGACUGCAUUUUAGACAGUCAAGUACAGAGUGAAAGAGAGGAUGAAAACAAGGACCUAAAGAUUCCAAAAAGUAAUUUAAUAUCUAAGACUGGUGAGAAAAGUAACACUGCCUCAAAUACUCCUGAUGAAAAUGAUGUAAAGGGUGUUAAAGUGAGAUCAGUAUCAAGUACCAGUGGAGGGUAUUCAUUUGUACAAAAAAGGAAAACACUUUCAAAUCACACAGCAUUAAAUAACAAAACACAGAUGUCCGUAAGCAAAAUGGAAUUGCAGAGAAACCCACAGGAUGCUGUAGCUGUAAAAUUGAACUCGAGUGAGGCAACCAUUGGGAAAAUUCCAGAUGAAAGUGCUGAAUUGUUCAACUCUGAUGAAGAGGACUUGCUUAGCGAACCCCAGGUGCUGGCUUUAUUAGAUGCUGUUGAAUCACAGGCUCCCAAAGCAAACUGUUCACUAUCAAACAGCCAACCAAACAUGAUUCAAGAGAAUUCUACUCAGAGUAUUUCCCCUUGUAAGAGAAAGAAUGGUUCAGAUAUGUUCCAUGUAGUUACUCCAGAAAAGUGCACUCCUGAGGAAAUACAGUGCAAGAGAAAUGCAGCAAUUGCCAGAAAACUUUCCAAUAGUCAACCAAACUCAAGCUCAUGGACUGUCUCUUCACCAGAAAAAAGAUUUUCACAAGAGUUAAGUCCCCAUAAGUGCACCCUGGAAGAGAUACAGCAGAAAAAGAAUGCAGCAAUUGCCAAAAGACUUUCAAGUAGUCAGCAGAGUGAAUCGAAAAAUCUGCAGACCAAAGAUGGAGUCACAAAUUUAUGUCUUUCACCCAACAAGGACAGAAUGGCAGAAGUUCCGUCAUUAACUAGUACUCUGCGCAAGUGUAGUCCUGAGGAGAUUCAAAAGAAAAGGAAUGAGGCACUUGCUAAAAGACAGAAAAAGUGUUCUGGAAAUACAUCAAACAAUGUUAGUGUGCCAGUGCUUUCAAACUUUCAGGAUAUAUGUAAGAAGGAUCCUGUUGGACAACCAAUUUCUCUGCCAGAGACUCCUGUUUGUAGUGGUUUCAAAAAAGAGGCACCUGAUAGAAAUGUUCCUUCUGAUUCACAGUUGAGUAGUUCAGUACAGAAGGACAUUGAAAAAAAGAGGCUUGAAGCCCUAAAGAGACGAGAAUUAAAACUGAAAGCUUCACAGAUUUGUAAAUCUUCUACAUAGAUACAGAGAAAAGUAAAUCAGUCUUAGACCAGAUUUUAUUUC